AUGGAGGCCGAGGCGCAGCUGGCGCGGGCGCUAGUGACGCUUACAGGACGCGAAUUUCCGCUGUCUCGUGGUAAGGAAACACGUAUUGAUGCAUACCUGCAGCUUGAAGAUCUGCUGUGUCUAGAAGACUCAGAGGAAUCUGUUCUGGAGCUGCAACGUCAUGUGCCAUCGCUUCUGAGCGAAAUACGCUACGACCUGCAGCACAAAACACUAAGUGACGUGCUGCACGCAGCGCUGCGCUGUCUGUCCUAUCUUAUGCACCACUACAGUCUAGCUGCAGCCUUCUCGGAUGAGCACAUGACUUUUUUCCUCGGUGAACUGGUCCACUUGCUGUUCUCCACACAGGAUCAGAGCACGUACAAGCUGUGUCUCUGGGGUCUGACGAUGCAGAACUUUCCAGCGGAGAGACACAAGCUGCUGUCACGGACAGUAGAAGGCUUGGUACAAGCUGUGGUGAACCCAUUCAAGUCGCGAGCAAUCGAAGUACAGGCGCUAAAAGGACUCCACUUGCUACUGGUCAAGUAUCCGGAACAGUUGGGAGUUGAUGGAGCAGUGCUGGGUAUCUACGUGAGGCCGAUUGCGAGUCGACUAGCGAGCAGCGAGACGGCCACGAGGACGCAGGCUCGACUGAUACUGGAAGAGGCGAGUAAACACCUACCAAAGUGGUCACAAGAGACGCUGACGAUGGUGCAGCACUGCGCUGAGAAGUAUAUGCUGCCAGUGAUGAAAUUGCACAUGGAAAACGACCGACAGAAGGAUGCCGUUUGUCUGUGGAAGCUGACGCUGGUGUUGCUCAAGUCGCAGUUCUCGAAUGAUCUUGGGAAACUGAACCAGGUGCUGUACGUACCGGAGAAAUGCAUGGAAGACGAAGAUGCUGCAGCUCGGUUGAUGGCUAUGCAAGCGUGGAGCAAGGUCGUGGAGAUAUUCCAUGAGUGCCACAACUGGCUUUUCAAUAAGGCUGUGGUAAGUUUGUUGGUGUGGCCCAUUAAGCUGAGUUUGGAGCAGGAACUACUCCUUAACGUUGUAGAUGCGGCAUUCGAGUCUUGGCGAAGGAUCGUGAGCGUCGCAGUGUGCGAUUUUAAUGCGUACUGCAAAGCCCAGCAACAAGCAGGAGAGCAGCAAAAUGUGCCCGAGUGGAAGUUCUGGUUUGGAGAAUUAGUCAUGACUCCUUUGCUCACACUGAUGAAGGAACGAAUGAGAGCCAAGGAUAGUGCCUCCACGGUCGAGUUGGACCAGUUUAUUAUUUUUACGAAGCAAUUAUGUGAACUUGAAAAGCCUGAUCCAGUUAAAAGCAAGAACAGUCCAUCUCGAAUUGAAGACAGCAGCAACACUACACUGGGAGGAUCCUCUUUGCGUCUCGUGCGGAUGUGCAUUGAUUUCUGCUUUGGAAUACUGACUUCGACGUCGACUUCAGCCGAGAUGCUUGGUGUGAGCUCGCCAACCAAUCAAGCCGACAAAAGUACUGAAGGUCGGCCUGCUAAGGUUGUUUUGGCGUCCGUAGGGUUUGGAUUGGAGUGGCAACUGCAGCUGUUUGCGCCGCUUGUGUCUGGUGUCGCAACUCCUCGGGAUUUACAAACUGUGAUACUACACCCAAAGAGCAAGCUUUCUGAUCACAUCACCCAGCGUAUGGAGUAUCUCAAGAACAUGUACGUUCAGUGUGCUGCAGUGUUGCAGAGAUGGAAAGACAGCGAGCUCCUGAUUGAUUUCACGGCCAAGGAAAACGCAUUGCCAUAUCUCGUGAUAAACUUGCUGUUCGAGUACUCAGUGUUCGUGGAUGACACGAAUAACGACAAUAGUGAUGCUAAAUACUCUACGCUUACGUGUCUGGAGACAGUGGUGAAUAAACUCUCGGAAAGUAUGAAAGCCGGCGCUCAGCACAGUCGAGAGUUGGACUCUGUGGUUCGUUUCAGUGAGGAAUCCAUCCGAGCAGCUCACGACCUUCUUGCUUACGACUUCGCAAGCGGGAAAAGCAGCAUGCUAGACGAGCUUGUUAGCGUGUCGAAGGGCCUCACACGUCACGCCUUCGCCAGUCGGCAGAAUGCCUCACUUUCGGUGGAUCUCUGUCAGUCUCGUGGGAAAGUUGGCGUCGUCGUUUCUGCGACCGCUAGCACUGCUAGUUCUGCGACUGCAAGUGAAGCUUCUGAUGCCGAAGAAAAAAACUCUAACGUGGUUCUUCAGGUGUCAGCAUCGUUAGAUCCUAGCUCUGCCUCACCGUGUCUACUGAGUGGCGAGGUGUCUACAAUACCCAGUGCAAGCCCCGUUGAAACCAGUCCAGCAUCUUCAGCAGACGAGCGACCAAAAAGGAAUGACAAGCAAAGCCCAGAUCAAAGUGCAACAACUAAAGAGACAACUAUCGUCAAAACUGCAACCCCUCAACACGCAGAGGAAGCACCGACGACAGUCCCUGCCGCUGGGUCUCAAUCUGCUCCGCCGAGACUUCGUACACAACGCUCCUUGUCUCAGUGCAUCUACCCGGAUCUCGUUGGAUGCACGGAAGCGAUUACAUUGCUGUAUCGACAUUUUCCAUUGGGGUUUCGGCCUUUCUUCUCCUUCUACAAGAUUAAAACAAUCGGCGAUUUAAGUGCCUUACCUGUGGAAAAAGUGAGGACAUUCGGACUCAAAGAACCUGUCAGCACCGUUCGACGAGCACUUGAAGAGUUUAAUGGACGGAAGGACCGUAUGAAGACAUUAACCGGUAGUCCUUUCCGCCAGAGAAGCGGGUCGGCGUCCACAAGUCCCGCUAUUCCCACACCUUCGCCUCACAAACCGUCCAAGCGUCCAUUUCACCUGGAAAGUGGAAGUAUCGCUCCAUUAUCUCUUGAGAAACGUGACCACAAGCGCACGAAGCGCUCACUGGUGCUCGAUGGAGAAGACGGCGAUGAGGAAGAAAGUGAAGGAACGCGUCGGAAACCGAAGCUGGCAGACCGAGUUACGUUCUGUCUUCAAACGGGUGAGACGGGAGAAACGCGUAUCACUCGACCAGGUGAGGACUCGCAGGAUCAGUUGAGACCUUCUGAGAAAGUUGAGGAGAAGGAGAGUGCGCAAGAAAAGAUGGACACGUACACACUCAAGUUAUUGCAGCAUCUACGACGAUCAGCGUACUACAUGGACAAACUUGUGGCUGAAGAAGAGAGUAUGCAGAGUGAAGAGGCGAGUCUUGGGACUACUAUUGCCAAUGUGGGCGGCGUUAUCACAAACUACCAAGAAGCUCACGACUUAGUAUCACGACUCGCGUCACAGCUCCAAAUCGCGGCUGAAACGAGCUCCAAACGAUGUCGAAAACUGCUGGAUAAGCGUGGUUAA